CCGCCCCGGGAGGCGAGGUGGGAGCCGCAGGCCGUCCGCGCCCCGCUCCCGCCGCCCGAGCGCGGGCCCCGCCGCCGCCAUGAAGAAGCAGUUCAACCGCAUGAAGCAGCUGGCGAACCAGACCGUGGGCAGAGCCGAGAAAACAGAAGUCCUCAGUGAUGACCUGUUACAGAUCGAGCGGCGUCUGGACACGGUGCGGUCGGUGUGCCACCACUCUCACAAGCGCCUGCUGGCCUGCUUCCAGGGCCAGCACGGCACGGACGCUGAGAGGAGACACAAAAAGCUCCCGCUGACAGCUCUCGCUCAGAACGUGCAGGAGGCGGCUUCCCAGCUCGACGACUCUCUCCUGGGGAAGAUGCUGGAGACGUGUGGCGAUGCCGAGAGCCAGCUGGCUGUGGAGCUGUCCCAGCACGAGGUCUUCGUGGAGCGGGAGAUCGUGGAACCCCUGUGCACCAUAGCGGAGGUGGAGAUUCCCAACAUCCAGAAACAGAGGAAGCAGCUCGCCAAGUUGGUGUUAGAUUGGGACUCCGUCAGGGCCAGGUGGAACCAGGCUCACAAAUCUUCAGGAAACCAACUUUCAGGGCUCCCAUCAAAAAUAGACACCCUCAAGGAAGAGAUGGAUGAAGCUGCAAAUAAAGUAGAACAGUGCAAGGAUCAGCUCGCAGCAGACAUGUACAACUUCAUGGCCAAAGAAGGGGAGUACGGCAAGUUCUUUGUCACGUUAUUAGAAGCCCAAGCAGAUUACCAUAGAAAAGCAUUAGCAGUCUUAGAAAAGGCCCUGCCCGAAAUGCAAGCCCAUCAAGAUAAGUGGGCGGAAAAGCCGGCCUUCGGGACCCCGUUGGAGGAGCACCUGAAGCGGAGCGGGCGUGAGAUCGCGCUGCCCAUCGAAGCCUGCGUGAUGCUGCUUCUGGAGACGGGCAUGAAGGAGGAGGGCCUUUUCCGAAUUGGGGCUGGGGCCUCGAAAUUAAAGAAACUGAAAGCUGCUUUAGACUGCUCCACUUCUCACCUGGAUGAGUUCUAUUCCGACCCUCACGCCGUAGCAGGUGCUUUAAAGUCUUACUUACGGGAACUGCCUGAACCGCUGAUGACUUUCAGUCUGUAUGAGGAGUGGACCCAAGUUGCAAGUGUGCAGGAUCAAGAUAAGAAACUUCAGGAUUUAUGGAGAAUCUGUCAGAAGUUGCCACCACAAAAUUUUGUCAACUUUAGGUAUUUAAUCAAGUUCUUGGCAAAGCUCGCUCAGACCAGUGACAUCAACAAGAUGACUCCCAGUAACAUUGCCAUUGUGCUGGGGCCCAACUUGCUGUGGGCCAGGAACGAAGGGACGCUGGCUGAGAUGGCAGCCGCCACCUCCGUGCACGUGGUUGCGGUCAUCGAGCCCAUCAUCCAGCAUGCCGACUGGUUCUUCCCCGAAGAGGUAGAAUUUAAUGUAUCAGAAGCGUUCGUACCUCUCACCACCCCAAACUCCAACCACUCGUCCCACACUGGAAAUGAGUCUGACUCGGGGACUCUGGAGAGGAAGCGCCCGGCCAGCAUGGCGGUGAUGGAGGGAGACCUGGUGAAGAAGGAGAGCUUUGCUGUGAAGCUUAUGGACUUCCAGGCCUACCGGCGGGGUGGCACUCUAACUAGAAAGCACGUGUCCCCCGCUUUCCAGCCGCCACUCCCGCCCCCAGAUGGCAGCACCUUGGCUCCAGCGGGCCCAGACACCCCCGCCCAGAGCUCUAGGGCCGAGAGCGGCACAGGGGGUGGGACUGUCCCCUCCUCUGCGGGCAUUCUGGAGCCGGGGCCCAGCCCAGGCGACAGCAGUCCUCCCAAACCCAAGGACUCUGCAGCUGCGCCCGCGCCUGGGAGGGCCAGCAGUCAGGUGGCCGGUGGCCCAACCCAGGCGCAGACGGCAGCCGGCUCCCAUCAGCUCUCUGUCGGCCCAGCGCACGGUUCCACCGGCUCCAGCCCUCACACUUUGCGCAGAGCUGUGAAGAAGCCUGCUCCCGCACCCCCGAAACCAGGAAACCCACCUCCGGGCCAUCCUGGGGGCCAGAGUUCCCCAGGAACAGCGCAGCAUGUGCCCAGUGUGUCACCAAAGCCGGCUGCCCCCGGGAGCCCUUCUCCUCCCGCUCAGCACCCAGGCCCAGCCCCUGGCCCCCCCAGCACCGCCGCGCAGCCGCCCGCACUGCGGAGGGCCUCUGGCAGCCUGGCUCCGAUCCACGCGCCCAGCCACCCGCCGCCGCAGCCCCCCACACAGGCCAGGCCGGGGAGCCAGGGCCUGCCCAACCUCACGGCACUGCCUGGCGAGCCCGGACUGGAGCAGCCUGCCCACACCCCUCCCCAGACACCAACGCCCCCCAGCACCCCGCCCUUGGGAAAGCAGAGCCCCGGCCCGCUGGCCUCUCAGAGCCAGGCGGUGGGUAAUCCUGAGACUGCGCAAGCACAUGGCGGGACCUUACCAAGACCGCGGCCAGUACCAAAGCCUAGGAACCGACCCAGCGUGCCCCCACCCCCUCACCCUCCGGGCGCCCACCCAGCAGGGGAUGGCAGCCUUAGCAACACGGUGUCCACCGCCUCCAAAAUAGUAACAGACGCCAGUUCUAGAGUGUCAGAGCCGCCUCACAGCUUCUUUCCUGAGAUGCAUUCAGACUCGGGGAGCAAAGACCUGCCCGGCCACGUCCUGCUGGACAUGGACAAUGACACAGAGAGCACCGCCCUAUGAAGAGCGCCGCCUCCCAGCCGCGACCCCUCCCCCUGGUGGGCGGGGCGGGCAGGCUGACCUUGACCUCUGCGGACCAGUGAGCGGCUUUCAGUGGACAAGAGAGAAGCCUGACCACACGGACUUGGCUUCCUUCUUCUCACAGCCCGACGGGAACGUGGGGCUGACACUUAAGCUGAAUGACCUGUGUCCUAAAGAAGUUGGCUUUCUUUACGUGGGAAAGAAACCAUGCCAAAAAAACCCCCCAAAAUACCCAGGAUGGAAAGAGUGCUAUUGCGCAGCCGUGCACAGGAAGCUUUGUCACCGCCGCCCGCGCAGGCGGCACCCACGGCCAUCGGGAAUAAGCAAGCAGCAAAGCCUCAGUGUUUAACGGGACACACCGUGCACGUCGCCUGCUCCCCCCACCGGACCCGCCCCCUUAUGCUGUCGCUCGUCAGACUUGGGCCGGGUCACUGUGUGCACUCCCUCUCAUGGUGGCCUGUGUCCCGCUCGCUCUCAUGGUGACUGCUGGAUCUGUCACCUUGGCAAACUGGAUGUGACUUGUGCCUUGUUGGAUUGCCAGAGUGUAGAAAGAAAUGUACUGUUCUUUUUUUUAAAAAACAAUGUAAUUGCUACUUGAUAAGGACCGAACAUUAUUCUAGUUUCAUGUUUAAUUUGAAUUAAAUAUAUUCUGUGGUUUAUA